UCGAGCCGUACCCUACCUCCGAGCGCAGAACUACAUUUCCCAGCGGGCAGCGGGCUCGGGGUCCCUUUCCCUUGGCCUGGGCGUCCCGAGUCGCCACCGGCGCGAGCGCUGGUGAAUAAGCUUUCCAAAUGUCCAGCAAAGAAUCUUGUGGAAAAAAAGAGAAAUCUCAGAGAAAAGGCACCGCCCCAUCACCCAGUGUUGAUGAAGAAGAUAAGAAAGAGAAAAAAACCUCAGCAAAUUUUACUAGUUCAGCUUGUUCUGUAAUAUCGGUUUCAACAGAGAAGAGAAAACUGAAAUCAGAUCAUACACAUAUUCUGUACUGUAAUAUAAAAAGAAGACAAGAACUGAAAAGACUGAAUGUAGAAACUGACACUCCAAGAAAGAGACCAAAACUUAGUUCUUCAUCCCAAGGACUUGUUAAACUCCAAGAAACAUCAUACUCAAAUGAUAAUCAAAUUAUUUCUCAGAGUCCUUCUUCAAAUGGAACUAAAAAAGGUAUAAGUAAAUGUGUAGAUUUUAAAGUUAAAGAUAUUAAAUUGACAAAUGUUAAGAGUGAGCUGGACCAUGGAAUUAAAAACUUUAGCAGUCCUAAGAUUGCCAAAGAUGUGAGACCUAAAGCUGAAGGCCAGGCAAGUGAAAAAAAAUGGCCUCAUUUACUUGCUCAGAGGGAGAAGAUGAAGGAACUCAAGAAAGAAAGGUACAAAAAAUUUAGAGACAGUUCUGAAAAAUAUGUUUUGGAGAAAUGCAAGAGAAUCCAAUUUUCUCAGGAUUAUAAGUCCAACAAGAUAAUUAAGGAACCCCUCGAAUCUAGAAGAAGAAAGAUCAAUUUCAAAAUCCUAGGAGAAUCUCGUGAAACCCUCCAGAAGCUUGUAGAAGAAAAUGUCUUCAGUUUAGAUUCUAACAAGUUAAAGACUAAGCAGGAGAAAAAAGAAUGCCUGGAAGGCUCCCAGGUUUCAUUAAAUUUGACAAGGCACAAAAGUGAACAUUUAUUUUCAGAUUCCACGUAUAAGCAGACUGUUCGUGAGUGGGAAGGAAAAUAUCAUGAGCAUCAAAGAAGUAAUGAUUCAAGUUCUAGUGAAAUCCUAACCCAGAAAUUGCUUGGGCAAAGGAAUGGAGACAUUUUUGAUUGUCAAGGUUGGGAGCGGAGUUUUGAAGCACCAUGUUCUUCAGUGUCACUUGAAAGUAUUCAAGAUACAGAUCAAGAGAUGCAGAUAGUAGAAGAACUUCACGCUGCACGUAUGGGAAAAAGUGUGGAUUUACCUGUGGUUCCACAUUCUGGAGAGUUAACAAGUAUGGAGAUUGACUUGGUGGAAGAUGAUGUACAUUCCUCUUCUGCAAAUACUGCUUCAGACAAAAAGCUUUUAAUUGUUGUUGACACAAAUAUACUGAUGAAUCAUCUCAAAUUUGUUAGAAUUUUGAAGACAACAGAAAUCCAAGGCUUUGACAGGCUUGUGUUAAUAAUUCCCUGGGUUGUUGUGCAAGAGCUGGAUCGUAUGAAGGCAGGAAAAUUACUGAAACGUGCCAAGCACAAAGCUAUACCUGCAGUUCAUUUCAUCAAUGACAGUCUCAAAAAUCAAGAUAGAAAGCUAUGGGGUCAAUCAAUACAACUUGCAUCUCAAAAACUUUAUGGAUUGAGCGAUGAGAACAAUGAUGAUCGUGUAUUAAAAUGCUGUCUUCAGUACCAAGAAUUAUUCCCUUGUUCUCUUGUUAUUUUGUGCACGGAUGAUAGAAAUUUAAGAAACAAAGGCCUAAUAAGUGGUGUGAAGUCACUCAGUAAAGAAGAAUUGAGUGCAGAAUUAUUAAACUUAUCUCUGAACACAGUUGUAUGUCAUCAGCCUUGUAUAUCUAAACAACAAUUGAAAGCAGAAGCAACACCUUUAGAGAAGAGCUGUGAGGAGGAAUCUACAAACUCUGGACUAUGCGUUCUACUUGAAAGCAUUGUAUCUGAUCUCAAAAAAUCUCUUGGAACAGCUUUAUCUUCAAUAUUAGAAACAGAAAUGAAAAUUGCUUUUGGAAACCUUUGGAUGGAGGUGCUGUACUUGAAACCACCAUGGACUCUAAUACAUUUAUUACAGUGCUUUAGAAAACAUUGGUUGGCUGUAUUUGGAUUAGUUAUGGAAAAGAACUUGCUUUUAACUGUUGAGAGCCUAUAUGAAAAUCUCUCUAAAGCUAACAAUGCAGUGGAUUUUACAACAGUGAAAUUCCUGCUUCAGGAUUCUGAAAGUUUGCUACAUGCUUUCAGCACAAGGUCAAAUUAUGAUGGUAUUCUUCCACAGGCCUUUGCUCAAGUAAACAACCUACUCCAAACAUUUAUAGAGGUCAAGGCAAAACUUAAGCAAAAUCCUUCAAAAAAUGCAGCGGGUAAAAGGCAAGAAGAUAAUUCUUUGAUGAAAUCUAAUAACCAAGAAAUCACCGUUUUCUCAGGUUCUCAUCUUCCCCAACCCAACAGGCAUCAAGAGAUCUGGUCUAUCCUAGAGAAUGUUUGGAUUACAAUAUAUCAAAACAGCAUGGAUGUGUUUCAAAGAUUGGGCUCAAAUUCAGCUCUGAUGUCUUCAAAAAUAGCAUCAUUUGAAGAAGCAUUUGUAUAUCUUCAAAAGUUAAUGGAAGCUGUUAAGGAUAUUCUUGAAGGAAUUCAGAGGAUUUUGGCACCCAAUAGUAAUUAUCAAGAUGUUGAGACCCUCUAUAACUUCCUAAUCAAGUAUGAGGUAAAUAAAAAUGUCAAAUUUACUGCCCAGGAACUUUAUGAUUGUGUUUCACAGGCUGAGUAUCGGGAAAAGUUAACCAUCGGAUGCCGCCAGCUGGUUGAGAUGGAACAUACCAUGCAACAGUGCAACGCCUCCGUCUAUACGGAGGCCAAAAACAGGGGAUGGUGUGGAGACAUGCUCAACUAUAGAACCUAAGUGCUGAUUUUGUAACUUAGAAGGAACUGCAUCUGUCUUCAAGAACAACAGAGUAGCUUUCAACCUUUUGUGCCAAACCCGGGAGGCUUGCAAGAAAUGUCUCAAAUGUCAAUGUCUCAUAGGCACAAAAAGAUGAUUGCCUAUUACCGACAGUCACAUUGAGGUUCUAAUGCAUCCAUUGUGGGAUAAACUGUGAACUCAACUCGUCUGAAGUUGACUUUACUUCCCUACCUCUACUCCUAAUACUGAGCCAGUGUGUCUAAGGAAAGGAGAGCCAUCUUUUUGGUCAUCUUAGGGCAAGAGCCACUGCGGCAUCUGAGGAAGGCCCAGGACACAGUGUUAGCGUCUCUCUCAACAAUAAAUAUGGGUUUGUGACCAGAGACGUUUCCAAACCUCAAGAAAGAAUUAGGACAUGACCAUGCUCACCAUAUUCCACAAGAGAAAUCUUACCCUGGGCUGUUUUAUGAUCAAACUGUCUUCCAUGUAGACCUGGUGAAGUAAUACGUAUCCCUUCCACUUCCCCCAAGGUAAGGGAAGUAGAAUUUUGACUUCAGCUCCAACUUGCUACAGUGGCCUCUUUUCUUCCCUGGCCUUGUCACUUUUCAAUGCAUUUCUCAUGGGAAAAACAGGGAGACCCCUCUGCUCAGUGUCCUCGUAAAUGUGAAACAGCAUGGAUUUAUCAGGUAGCAGUGGCUGGUGUUUGCCCCUGGCUAAACCAAGUGUUUAACUGACUUCUUAUUUAGUUAUACCGUAAGUUGGAAAUCCUUGUUUACUAAAGUGUAUUAUGCUUUUGUUAAUA